AUGGAUGCAUUUUGUAUUUAUUCAUCUAACGGUAAACUAUUAAUUGAACAAACUUUUAAUAAUAAAAUAAAAAAUAAUCUAGAAUAUGAUUUAAAAGACAUAAUAAGUAGUAAGAAAUGUAAUAAUGAUUAUUAUUUGAUUUUAAAUAAUGAAAAUGAAAAUCAUUUGCUAAAAAAAAAUGAAAAUAAUUUUGUUUAUUUAAUUAAAAAAGAUGAUUUACUAUUUAUUAGUUUAAAAAAAAAUGAAAAUAAUCCCAUAUUAAUUAUUGAAAUGAUCCAAGAAAUAAUAAAAAAUUUAAAAAAAUAUUUUAACACAGAUAAAUUACAUGAAAAUAUUUUAAUAAAUAAUUAUUCUAUCGUAAAUUUUUUAAUUAAUGAAAUUUUAGUUCAAGGAAGACCUAGUUUAUUUAUUGACGAAAUUUUAAAAAGUUUAAUCAAAAAUGAAUUUUCUUUUUUAAAUGAAACACUAAAAUUUUCUUCUAUCCCUAAUAAUAUUUAUAAUAUUAUAACUCAAAAAAAAAAUAAUUCAAUAACUAAUAUGAAUAAUGAAAAUAACAUAAAUUAUAGUUACAGUAAUGGAAAUUCUGUUAAUUCUAGUGAUUCUUCUCAUAUUUAUUGGAGAGUUAGUAAUAAUUGUGUUUCAUCUAAUGAAAUAUAUAUUGAUGUAAUCGAAAAUGUAAACUGUAUAGUUAAUAAAUUUAAUAAAAUUAUACAUUAUUGUGUUGAAGGUAAUAUUGUUAUUAAUGCUACUAUUAGUGGAUCACCUCUAAUUAAAUUAUAUAUUGAUAAUAUAGAACUAAAUAAAUGUCAUUUCCAUUUUACUGUUAACUACUCAAAAUUAAUUAAGAGAAAAAAAUUAAAGAAAGAUGAAAAUGUUAUUUAUUUUAUACCAUUAAGUCAUGAAUUUGUUCUUUUACAAUAUUUUUAUUUUCCUUCAUUAAAAGAAAAUAUAGAAAAAAAAUUCCAUUAUGAUCUUUCCGAACAGUUGACUGAUGUCUUAAACUUAAAAAAUAUAAAAUCUUCUCAUAUUAAUAAUGAUAUGUGUGAUAAAACAAAAACAAAAAAUGUUUUAAAAGAAGAUAUAUGUAGAAAAACUGUUGAAAAUGAAAAAAAAGAAUUAAAUUCUGAUAAUGAAAAAGGAAAUGAAGAAAACACUUUUGAAAUAAGAAAUUAUAAAGAAUGUUAUGAAAAUAGUAACAUGGAAGAAAUUCCUAAUAAUAUAGAAUACGAAAAAUAUGAUUAUAUUAACAUAAGUGAUACUACUAGAGAAAAAAUAUUAUUUGGGAAUAACAAUGUAAAUAGCAAUGGCGAUAUAAAUUUAAACAAUGAUAAUCAUAUUUUAUUUGAAGAAAAUGAAAAAUAUAAAUUACCUCUUAAUGUUAAAGGUGACGUUCUUUUUAUAUCAGCUGAAAAUAUGUAUAAAAUUAAAAUAAACGUAAUUUUAAAUAAUAUAAAUACAAAAAGCAAUAGUAAUUUGCUAUUAAACAAUUAUGAAAAUAUUUUACUUAAAAUUCCAGUACAUAAUUUUAUAAGCUCUAUUAAUUUCCAUUGUUCAGUGGGAAAGCUAAAUUACAACGAUAAAUCAAACUGCUUGUUCUGGUAUAUACAAAGUAUUACCGAUAAAAAUAUACCUAUAUCAGUUAAUAUUUCUUUAUAUUUAAAAUCUAAUGAAAAUAGUUAUCAUUUCAGUCAUUUUAUUUAUCCUUCAUUUAAUUUUGUUGUUUAUGCUAGUUUGAAAAUUAAUGGAAUCUCAAUUACGAAAAAAAAAAUAGAAAAAAUUGAAAUUCAGAAGAACAAACAUUUGGAUAUCCGUAAGGGAUGCAGAUAUACUACUUAUUUCAAUAAUAUAGAAUUUAGAAUAUAA